AUGUUUUCUGUGUUUUCUUCCAGGCAGCUUCACACACCCACUAACAUCCUCCUCCUCUCUCUGGYUGUGUCAGACUUUCUUGUUGGUCUCCUGUUGAUGCCUUUAGAAAUCUACAGAAGCACAGCCUGCUGGUUUCUCGGUGACGUUGUCUGUGUUUUKUAUCUCUACCUAAUUGUUCAUGUAGUCUGUGUUUCCACUGGGAACAUUGUUCUCAUAUCAGUCGAUCGCUACGUUGCCAUUUGCAACCCGCUGCAUUACCCCACCAGAAUCUCCACGGCAAAAGCCAAAUGCUGCGCGUGUGUGUGCUGGCUGUGGAAUGCCCUCUUUGGCGUGUUCUUUGUGAAGGACGACAUGAUCCAACUGGGAAGAAGUAAUACCUGCACUGGAGAAUGUGAGCUCACCAUUAACUAUGUUGCUGGAACUCUCAAUGUCAUUUUGAACUUUGUGUUUCCAUUGACCAUCAUCAUAGUUCUCUACAUGAGAGUGUUCGUGGCCGUGUCUCAGGCUCAUGCCGUGCGCUCUCGUGUCACAGUCGUCACACUGCAACAUCCACAAAGUUCAACAGAGAGAAAAUCCGAGCUGAGAGCAGCCAGGACGCUUGGGAUUCUUAUUGUCAUCUACCUUGCAGGUUUCUGCCCCUAUUACUGUUAUUCUCUUAUUGAAGUUAAUCUGUCCAGCACAUCUCAAAGCCCAAUUUUGGUUUUUUUGUUUCAUCUAAACUCCUGUCUAAACCCUGUGAUCUAUGCGCUGUUUUACUCAUGGUUCAGGAAAGCCAUCAAACGCAUCAUCAGUCUGUAGAUACUGCAGCCAGAGGCCAACGUACGGUAA